AUGUCCUCCCGCUAUGCGGGCAUACACACCAAUCUCAGCGUACCAGCCUGGCUCAGCCCGACCCGAUGGUCGCACAGCUUCCAGGAGGUUCUCAAUCGGCUCGGCCUGUCUCGAGACCUUUUGCUUGGCCUGUCCAUUGGCAUCACCUUUUCUCUGACGAGUACUGGCUUGGCGCUCUGGGCGAGAGAUAGAUGGAAGCGCAUGUUGAGGCAACGUCAGACUUGGCGACCCAUCGAAAUCAGAAGCAGCGAGAUUGUUGAUGGCGUCACCGGCCUCAUCGGCAACACACCGCUCGUCAGAAUAAAGAGCCUGAGUGAGCUCACAGGCGUUGACAUCCUCGGCAAAGCAGAAUUUCUCAAUCCAGCAGGAUCGCCCAAAGACCGCGUCGCGCUCGAACUGAUACAGUCUGCAGAAGAUGCUGGCCUGUUGCAUCCCAACACCGAUUCUUGUAUUUACGAAGGCACAGUGGGAUCGACAGGAAUCAGUAUAGCUACUGUUGCUCGUGCAAAGGGAUACCAGGCUUGCAUCAUCAUGCCCGAUGAUGUAGCGAAAGAAAAGUCGCUUCUACUCGAGAAGCUGGGCGCACAAGUACAGAAAGUGCGGCCGGUAUCAAUUGUGGACAAGCAACAUUAUGUCAACCUUGCACGAUCACGCGCUCUCCACCAUGGCUUGACCCAGCUCAUUGGCCCAGAUCCGGCCAUCGACCCGACUCCAGCAAUGGGCUAUCGAAAAGCUCAGCCGAGAAGUGACGAAGUUGUUACAACCGACGCAGACCACGAUGCAGUCUUUCACGAGAAUACCCCCAAAGGCCACGAAGACGAUCUGGAGAAGCUACCUAGAGGCUUCUUUGCAGAUCAGUUCGAGAAUCUGGCAAAUUACGAAGCGCAUCUCAAGACGACAGGCCCAGAAAUAUGGAGACAGACGAAUGGCGAGAUAGAUGCCUUUGUAGCCGGCGCAGGCACUGGCGGGACGCUCGCUGGCGUUGGACGCUAUCUCAAAGGAUAUGACGACAGCAUCAAGCUCGUGCUUGCUGAUCCACAAGGAUCGGGACUGUUUAACAAGGUGAAGCAAGGAGUCAUGUACGCAUCUACAGAAGCCGAGGGCAAAAGAAGGCGACAUCAAGUAGACUCUAUCGUCGAGGGCAUAGGGAUCAAUCGUAUCACUCGCAACUUUGACCAAGUUGUCUCCUUCAUCGACGACGCAAUCAGCGUGACAGAUGCAGAGGCAGUAGCCAUGUCGCGUCACCUUGCUUACAAUGACGGUCUCUUCCUCGGAUCGUCAUCAGCGGUCAACCUUGUCGCAGCAGUCAAGUAUGCCAAGACGCUCAAAGGGGCCUUGCUCAAGACGGUGAGCGAAGGUCGUGAGCGAUCUGUCAUCGUCACCAUCCUGUGCGACUCGGGCGCUCGGCACCUAUCACGAUUCUGGAACGACGAGUACUUGACAUCUAUGGGGAUCCCGAUCACUGCUUCCUUGGAAGGAAUCAUCUGAAACGCUCAUCUCACGUGCCACGUGUAAAAUGUUGUAUCGGCGAUAGCAGCAGCAGCAUUCCGUGCCGAACAAUGACG